AUGGCAGAAAUCGUUGGGACCGUGUCUGCUGCUGCUGGUCUUGCUACUUUUGUUGCGCAAGUAGCUCAGAGGAUCGAUGAUCUAAACGCUACUUAUAAGUACAAUCACAACGAGGCUGGAAAUUUGGUAAAGUCUUUGAUAAGUCACCUGAAAAUUCUUCGUCGAAUUUUACAGUUCGUUCAAACCCGAGCGACGCAUCCUGCAGUAGAGGAAGCAGUUGUGGAAUGUAAUACAAUUUACAGCACUAUCGACUUUGCGCUGGAAGAGCUUUUGGAAAAAGUCUCUUUCGUGGCACCUGGACAACGCAAUGGGUUGAAAGUAGUAAAGCAACUAUUUUCGCGGGAUAUUCGCAAGGAGAUCGAAAGAAUCGACGCCAGAAUUGAGAAAAUGAAUAUCAAUCAUCCUCUCCAGAUUCUUCUGUCUCGCAAAAUCCUUAUUCAAUAUUUCAAGCUGAAGAGGCUUCUGUCACCAGAAGAGCAUACCAAGCUCAACGAGCAUCGUGCAGUCGACAACACUGCUACUGCUCUUGUCAUCUGA